CGUGUCAGACGUGCUUGAGGUAGGACGCGCGACGUUCUCGUCUACGUUUCACCUCGUGCGUCCUCUAUCUUUCUCUCUCUCUCUCUCCCUUCCCUUCCCUCCCCUCUUGUUGUCGCGGGGUUAUUGAAGGCCAACGUGUCCGUUCCACGUGCGCGACGCGCACAUCCACACAACGCACCUUCGUUUCCGCUCUUCAGUCGGUUUCCGCAUUGAGAGAAGACGUCACGUGCAGCACACCGCGUCUUGUCCGCUGCCUCGCAUUCACAGGGUAGCAGAGACACCUCCUCUCGGCGGUGGUACCAACGAAUCGCGAGCCUUCGACCAUUUUUCGAAAAGGACGAGAGCCGCUCCAGUUCGCCUGAGGAGAGACGAGAAACAGGGUGCGAUACCUGAAGCGAGAGAAGACCGAAAAAUCGUGGUAGCCGGCAGAAAGACGACGCACGAAGACGACGAGAAAACGAAAGGAAACGAAGAGAGGAGAGUGAAACGAAAUGAUGACUCGCAUGCUGCUGCAGGAACCUGGCUGGAAGAUGGAGAGGAAAGGUUCGGCGUUGUUGCUACGCAGGGACAGCUUGCAUCUGAAGAGCGGCCGAGUCUGUUUCCGCUGCGACGUCGAGGUCCGUGAAUUUGAGCGUGACGAGGAUUACAUGAUCGAGGCGGAACCGGAGGCAACUGCCAGCGCGCUGGCAAUGUGUGCCAGUUGCCUGGCCGCUCUCUGCGUGACCGUGAUUCUACCGUGGCUGUUGAUCGGUGGUUAAACACGCCUCGGUGAACCGACCGUCUUGGGGUAAGGGGGGUGUCGGGCGAGGCGUGUUAACCUCUGGCAAAACGGAAGUCGUCCCGAGGAAUCGUCGACUAGAAGAGGAGGACAAUUCCUCGACUCGGAGGGAACUCUGAGGGGCUGCAGGAAGUCCGAAUGGAGAUCGCUCUGGCAGAUGAGAAAAAAGGACACGAGGAGGAUCGGCAAUGGAUUUAAGGAUUCGUUCGAAGAGACUCACGGAGACACGAUGUGGCAACCGAUACGAGUUCCUAAAUGGUAGUUUUAGCCUUUAAUUUUUAGUCACUUGUGUAAUUAUUUAUGUAAUUGAUUUAUGGCUUCAGAUAAAAGGAAAAUACGGCGUUUGACAUCCUUUUUCUUUCUUUUUUUUUUCCUUCGACGAUUAACGAAAAGGAAGAAAGACUCGGGGUUAAUAUUAUUCGAAAAUUCUACGUGGCAACAAUUUUGUUGAAACGAGUGUCUCCAAAUUUUAUAUACUGGUUCUUUAUGUAAUUAUUCACGUAAUCGGUGUGGCUUGAAAUGAAAGAAAAAUACGACGUUUGACAUUCUUUUUCUUUCUUUCUUUUUUUUUUUUCCUUCGACGAUUAACGAAAAGGAAGAAAAACUCGGGGUUAAUAUUAUUCGAAAAUUCUACGUGGCAACAAUUUUGUUGAAACGAGUGUCUCCAAUUUUUACAUACUGGUUCUUUAUGUCAUUAUUCACGUAAUCGGUGUGGCUUGAAAUGAAAGAAAAAUACGAAGAUUAAUGAAAAGGAGUUCCGAGUCGAAAGACUCAGGGUUAAUAUUGCUCCAAGAUUCGACGUGGGAACACGUUAUUUCUAAACGAAGUUGAACGUUUCAACAAAUCCAUCGAUUGUUUGUACAACUUGGUCACUUUGAAAUGUAAAAAUAUACGAAAGAAACUUU